CACUUUGAAUCGCUGAUUUAAUAGAGAUGAUACUAUUUCGGGGUAAACUUCGGGCACCAGUCAUUUUGACCUUCGUUGUCUUUUCCUUUCCAGUACAAUUGUAACCACAAUCACAAAUGAUUCGAGUUGUAACUUGUUUGUUAAUCUUGCAACUUUGGAUUAAGUCUUUGCGAUGGCUUUGAUCGGCUUGAUGAUUAAAAUCUCCUAAAUGCCUUGAUCUCUUUCUCACUCUGUUUCUUCAUCAUGUUGACUUUUAAAAUUAACUUUAAUAUCGAUAAUUGAUUAUCAAUAGAAAAUGAAGAUUCCGUUGAAGGAAAAGAAAUGAAACUUUCUACUUUGGAACCAAUGAAAAGAUCGAGUCAAAAAGACGAAGAUGAAUUUGUAAAUAUUAAUUUCAUUUUCUUUUCUUUCCAUUGGAUAAACUCCAUGGAAAUAUUAAUAUUUCAAAGUUUCAUUCUUAUGAUUAACUAAUUGUUUUCCAUUCUUCUUCAUCCCUGGUAACCAUCAUGGUGAACUUGUAAUCUUUUCCAUUGGAACUAUGUAUUGGGCCAUCAAUCAGCAUGAUUAACCACCGAAUGUCUAAUUGUAAAUCUUAAUUUACCCGAGUUGAUUGGUAAUGAUGCCAAUAAAUGUCAAGAACUUGAAUUGAUUCAAACAUUUAAGCGCUAAAAUGAACGCUUUCAAUUAAAUGGAUCGUAGAGUUGGAUUGGACAUUUUAAAGUUCGAAACUUUUGGGAAAACUUUUACCUUUCUAUCAAAGUAACAAGAUGAAGAAAAUAAAUGAACCGAUUUAGUUGAUCAAUCAAUUAAAUGGUCAAUACAUUAAAUUCACGAUUUUACAAUUACAACAAAAGAAAACAAAUUGACUCAAUUUGUUGAUCAAGUGAUUUGAUCAUGUUAUCAAAUUGAAGACAUGUACUAUUGAAUUUAUUUUACGAACUAUAAAUAAAGACAAACUGUAGAGCAAUUCAGUUGAGAUGAAUAACUGAAUUCAUGUUAAUUGUUUGAGAUGAAAAUGAAUUUUUGUCGCUCAAGAAUAGAAAAAUAGACAGAGAAAAGAAAGUGAGUCGAAGUGUAAACUGUGAGUGUGGAUAAAGAAAAAGGAAAAGCUUUUUAGAGAGAAAGAGUUAGAUUAACAUCGAUACUCUUGUUAAUCUCUCUGGUGGAUUCAUUUUAAUCACUUGUUCUUUAAUUAUCUCAUAUUAAUUGUUCACUUGUUCAUCUGUUCAUCUGUUCACCAUUUGCAUUUGGAUUACUCAAAAUUCAACCUCAAUUUCAUCAUAAAAUCAUUUUCCUGGUCUACCUGGAUAAUUGGAAUUCAUUUGGAAUCAGUUAAUCAACUAAAUUGCAUCUAAAUCAGCGAUGAUUCUCCAAGCUUUAUUCAAUGUUGAGAAUGGUUAUCUGGAGGGUCUCCUUCGUGGCUUUAAAUGUGGCAUAUUGAGACAAAAUGAUUACCUUAAUUUAGUUCAAUGUGAUUCAUUGGAUGAUUUGAAGAUUCACUUACAAAGCACCGAUUAUGGUAAUUUCUUGGCUAAUGAACCUUCACCUUUGGCUGUUUCCGUGAUUGAGGAUAAAUUGCGAGAGAAAUUGGUUACAGAAUUUCAUCAUAUUCGAAAUCAAUCAGUUGAACCUUUAUCAACAUUUCUCGAUUUUAUCACUUAUUCAUACAUGAUUGAUAACAUUAUCCUAUUGAUCACCGGAACUCUACACCAAAGACCAAUACCAGAGUUAAUUGACAAAUGUCAUCCACUUGGAAUAUUUGAUCAAAUGGAAGCAAUUAACGUGGCCACAACUCCGGCCGAUCUUUACAAUGCUAUUCUUGUUGAUACUCCAUUGGCUCCAUAUUUCGUUGAUUGUUUAUCCGAACAGGAUAUGGAUGAAAUGAACAUUGAAAUUAUUCGUAACACUCUGUAUAAGGCUUACCUUGAAAGCUUUUACAAAUUCUGUGAAGAUGAACUCGAUGGUACAACCCGUCAGGUGAUGUGCGAAAUAUUGGCCUUUGAAGCUGAUAGGAGAGCGUUUAUCAUUACAAUUAACUCGUUUGGAACUGAAUUAAGUCGAGAAGAUCGAACCAAAUUAUAUCCUAAAUGUGGUAAAUUAAAUCCUGAUGGUUUAGCUGCUUUAGCUCGUUGUGAUGAUUAUGAUCAAGUUCAUGCGGUUGCUGAUUUCUAUUCUGAUUAUAAAUCAAUAUUUGAAUCGGGAUUCGGUGGUGGUCAAGGGUCAGAUGUUGAUGAGAAAACAUUGGAAGAUAAAUUCUUUGAAUAUGAAGUGAAAUUAAAUGUAAAUGCGUUUCUACAGCAAUUUCACUUUGGUGUUUUCUAUGCGUAUCUCAAGCUAAAGGAACAAGAAUGUCGCAAUAUCGUUUGGAUCGCCGAGUGUAUCGCUCAAAGGAUACACACUAAUAAGCGUGAACAUUACAUUCCAAUAUUUUAAAUUUCAUUUCUCUUGAAAAAAUCGAUUGAUUAUAAUUUAAUCAACUUUCUCUUUCUGUGUGUCAAUUUUAAUCAACCCAAUUAAUUGAUCUCAUUAUUAUUGGGACUCAAUCUGUUUAUCUUAUUGUUUUCUUUGACUUUUCUUUUGUAAAUAACUAACAAUUAUUGUCUUCUAGUCAACUGAUUAUUUAAACUAAAUUUAGACUUUCCGAGUGGUAAUUAAAUCAUUCUAAUUAUCAUCUUGUUUUAAA